CAUAUUUUUAAAACAAAAAUGGUUAGACAACGCAAUUUUGUUUAAAUUCUUUGUAAAUAUUUUAUUAAGACAAAUAAUUUAUCAAGAUAUGAAAAUAAAAAAGUAUUUUUUUGGAAUAAUAUUAUGGACGCUAGUAGUUUAUUUAGAAUUCUAUUUCAUAGUUUUUAAAGAAGUAAAAAACAAAAUUAUAGAUCACGCCGGUCUUGUUUUUAACUCUAUUAACAAUCAUAAUGCAGCAGAUGAGGAUAUUGGCGGAAAUAAAGACUGUGUUUUAAGAGGUAUUUAUAAAAAGGUUCACAUAUAUGAGCAACAAAAAAUAAGUUGUCAAAAUCAUGUUUUAUCAAAGGUAGGAUGUGCGUUUGUUAAAAAAGAAUAUCCGUAUGACAGUGAAAAUAACUGUAAGAAAAUUCUUCCUUUAGAAAUUUGCAAAUUUUCACCAAACAAUUAUUUAACUUGCAAUCAAAGUAGCUGCGCAGAAGAGUCCGUUUUUAUUCACAUAAUAAACCCUAAAUCGGGCGAAACAACAUUUGCGGAAGCAGUAUACAAAACAGACAACGAGUUGUCAAACAUCGUUCUUAGAUAUAUUAAAAUCUCAAUUGCGAAUAAAUUUCCUUUUAUAUUUUUAAGUUGCGGUGAAAACAAAAAUAAAACACAGCUUUUAGUACUAGAGAGUCACUUAAAAACCCAUUCUUACUUUAAGUCACAUUCUGAAAAAACGCUUCACCUCCAUUAUAAACAAAAACUAAACAUAAAUCUAAUAAUGAUUGAUUCGGUCUCUCGGGCACAUUUUUACAGAUCACUACAAAAGACAACCAAAAUGUUAAAUGAAAUAAACUUGAAUAGCGAAACAGAGGUGUUGGACUUUGAAAAGUAUCAAGCGGUUCAUGGUCAUACCAUGGAAAACGUCAGAGCAUUAUUUACUGGAACAGUUUUUCCUAAAAAUUACACCGAGGAAAUGAAAGAGAACGCAGGAGUAGGUGUUGAUACAUUUAUGAGUUAUUUUGCAAAUCACGGGUUUCAUACAUUAUAUCAAGACGAUAUGUGUUGGAAAGCCCAAUGGGGAAUAAACUUGGACUUAGGAUUAUCUGAAAAUUGGGUAGAUCUUUUUGAAAAAAUUAAAAAAUCGAGUAUACAAGAUACUGGGCUGCUCCAUAGUAACUGUAAAGUUCUUUCAGAUCUUGGUUUGGACCAUGUUUUUAACACUGAAAAAACUGAAAAAGUUUGUUUUAACAACAAUCAACACGAUUAUUAUUAUUUAAAUUAUUUAAAGAAAUAUUACAAAAAUCUUCAUUCAAUUAAGCCUACAUUCUCGUAUACUGCGUUAAUGGUUGCUCACGACUCAGGUGGAAUUCGAAUUCAAGCAAUAGAUAAAGAUUUAUCAGAAUUCGUACAAGCCAUGUCUGAACUCGAAAACACGUUGACUGUCAUUUUUUCUGACCAUGGAAAUGCUUAUACAGACUUUGUUUAUCAUGAAAUUGACGGACGCUACGAGAUGUUUCAUCCAUUUAUGUUUAUGAUAAUACCAAAAGGUAUUAAAAAUUUCUUUGACGCCAAAGAUAUGUACAGUUUAAGAAUUAACCAAAAAAGAUUGUUCACUUUAGUAGAUUUUCAUAAUAUGCUUUUUUAUUUUGUUAAAAAAAUUUCUUAUCAGGAAACAAAUCAAGUCGAGAGGGGACUUUUAGAUGUUAUUGCAAAUGACAGAAAUUGUGAUAAUCUUCCAUUAGUAAUGCCAAACUUAUGUAUUUGCAGCAACUUUUAUACUGAGAUUAAAAAUGAAAGUAGUUUAAUAGGUUAUUUAGAAUUUGCGUUAGGACAAUUAAAUAAUAUGAUAUCAAACUCAUCAAAAGCAUAUGCUUGUAAGCGUUUUGUUCCACUUUGGUUUGAAAAUGUUAGAAAAAAGAAAGAUGGAGACUUCAUCAAAACCUCUUUUGACAUUUAUAUUUCACCUGGUUUAGGAUCAUCAAAUAGCAUAGAAAAAGUAAAUGUUCUUAUUAAUUCAGUAGAAAGUGAAUCCGUUGAAAACUUUUCUAUGGAGUUAAUUGGUUGGGACAGAAUAACUAAGUUCGCUGCCUAUGACAAAUGCAGUGAUGCAUUUUCGCAUUUUAGAUUAUGUAUUUGUGAUUUGACCCCUACUCAUAUUGAGUUAGCGUCAGUUACUAUUCACUAUUUGAAAACUCGCAACUUUCAAACAUUUUACAACAGCUCGAGAACUUCGACAACAUUUAACCUGGAGUCGUACUUAAGUCAAGAAGAUAUUUCAGUAUUGGAAGAAGAAAGUUUAUUAUUGAUUACACGAACAAUAAAGGAUUACGAUGAGGAAGACAAUUUAAUUUUAGUCUCGGUUACAUUUGAAGCAGUAUCACUUUCAACUAAAGUUUACUUCGUAGAAGUGGUUGUUGAUAACGUUGAAAAUCUAAAAAAAUCUGUUAAUUCAACUUGUCACGGCGAACUAAAGGCUAAUUCAAUCAUUUACUUAUGUACAUAUUCAAGAAUAGUAAGUAAUGAAGAUGCUUCCUUGGAUUAUGUGGCAAAUUUUGAAGAACUAUAGUGCUAAUAUAAUUUUUUAUUUAGUUAACUAUAAAUGUUUAUAUUAUGUUUCAAUUACUGCAAUUUUUUAGUAUGUGUGACUGAACCAGUGAUUUUAAAUGCUUAUUUUUUAUAAACUGUGAUUAAUUUGAAAAAUAAGUUAUAUAAUCUUAUUGUGCUGGUUACUAACUAUAGCUGGGUUUUUAAUAGCAGUUUCAUAAAAUGAAUCAUAAAUUUUGCUGCUCUAUGGAUUUGCAAAAAGAUUAACAACUGCACAGACGGAUCAUAACUUGACUACAAAAUCUGUUGUAAAUAAAUCUAGUAAACAUGUUUUCAAAUAAUAAAUGGUUACCAACUA